AAGCGGUUGUUUGGGAGGUGAACGGCUUACAAGGCCAGCCCGUUCGUUUCGCGAGUCUAGUGUAUUAUCUCCAGGCCAGAUUCCGGGAGGCCGUCGGUCGUCAUUCGAUCGGAGUAUGGCGCAGCCGCUCCCCUCCGACAAGGCUGAAGAGGCUUCCGGCGUUACUCGACAAAGAGUUGUGAUAGUAAACAAGCAUGGAGAGAAGCUUGUGGGGGUCCUACAUGAAACUGGUUCCAAGAAGCUUGCGAUCUUGUGCCAUGGAUUCCGAGCCUCAAAGGAUGACAAAACUUUACUUAACCUAAGUGCUGCAUUAACAAGAGAACGGAUCAGUGCCUUUCGCUUUGAUUUUGCUGGAAAUGGGGAAAGCGAAGGUGUUUUCCAGUAUGGCAACUAUAGAAGAGAGGCUGAUGACUUACGUGCUGUAGUCUUAUAUUGGUCUGAACAAAAAUAUGAAAUAAGUGCUAUUCUUGGACACAGUAAAGGAGGAAAUGUGGUGCUUUUAUAUGCUUCCAUGUACCAUGAUGUCCCUAUAGUCAUCAAUCUUUCUGGUCGAUUUGCCUUAGAUAGAGGCAUUGAAGGUCGAUUAGGCAAAGAGUUCAUGCAGAGAAUCAAGAAAGAUGGAUUUAUCGAUGUGAAGGACAGAACAGGAAAAGUCGAGUAUCGGGUGACUGAAGAAAGUCUAAUGGAUCGAUUAAACACAGAUAUGCAUGCAUCAAACCUCUCCAUUGACCAAGAGUGCAGGGUCUUGACAGUUCAUGGUUCAGAAGAUGAAAUUGUACCAGCAGAGGAUGCCUUGAAGUUUGCCGAGCUCAUACCUAAUCACAAGCUACAGAUUAUUAAAGGGGCCGACCAUUGCUAUACUGCACAUCAGGAAACGCUGGCUUCAGUUGUACUGGACUUCAUAAAAUUUGAUCGCGUAUUCUUAGUCCCAAAUGGAAAUAGAAUCGCAAUUUCUAGAUUAUGAGUUUCAUGCGUUGGAUCUUAGAUAGAUGGAGACUUUUUAGUUACAGCAGCAAGUCAGCAAUAUCGGAAUAAUAUGUAGUUACAUAAAGGCAACAUAUUGUAAGAAAAAGGUUUAUAUAUCCAGUGGAAGAAGAUUAACAGGUGUGAUAAUUUUUCGUGGAUGGAGAUACUUUAUGUAAAUAAUUUUCAUGCUGAGAUUGUGCAAGAGAAAUGCACCUUGAGUGAGUUCAUC